AGCAGCCUAAGCGGAAUACUGAGAAGCUGUGGCACCAAACUGGAAUGAUCUGAACAAGUCUGUGAGACUUCAUUGACCACAGACCCAGCUGCCUUCUAACAUAAGCAACGAUGGAAACCGGUGGAGCGGCAAUGUCCCGGCAGGACGAUGAAAAAUUGCGGCUGAGUUUAAGAGCGAGCUCUGCGCGGCGGUACGGCUCUAUACGUGAAAGCCAGAUUGAAGAAGAAACUACUUCGCCAGAAACCGCUGUCAUCUCACCUGCCCGUUCAUACAUAGUCAUCGCUGUGCUUUGCUAUGUAAACUUGCUCAACUAUAUGGACCGUUAUACAAUUGCAGGCGUCCUUCUCAACAUCCAAGAUUACUUUCGUAUAAAGGACAGCACGUCCGGGCUACUACAGACAGUUUUCAACUGCAGUUUCAUGCUACUGGCUCCAGUGUUUGGUUACUUUGGAGAUCGUUACAACAGGAAGUUGAUCAUGGUGGGCGGACUGUGUGGAUGGAUUGUGACUACGAUGGGAAGCUCUUUCGUCACACAGUCGUACUUCUGGGUGCUGAUACUGAUGAGAGCUUUGGUUGGGAUAGGAGAGGCCAGCUACACCACAAUUGCUCCCACCAUUAUUGGGGAUCUCUUCUCUGGCAACCAAAGGACCAUCAUGAUCUCCUUCUUCUAUAUCUUCAUUCCCGUGGGAAGUGGCCUGGGAUAUGUGAUAGGAUCCACAGUUGCAAGUGCCACUGGAGACUGGCGCUGGGCGCUCAGGCUCAAUCCCAUAUUGGGUCUAGUUGGUCUCACACUGCUCAUUUUCCUGACCCCCAAUCCCCCGAGGGGGGCCUCAGACACACAGGGAGGGACACAAAUGGAAAACACCUCCUAUUUGGAGGAUGUGAAGUACCUCUUGAAGAAUCGCAGUUUUGUGUGGUCCUCACUGGGAGUGACAGCCAUGGCCUUUGUGACAGGAGCGCUGGCCUUUUGGACACCCGUUUUCCUGUCCCGAGCUCAGGUGACACAGGGGAUCAAGCUUCCAUGCUCAAAGGAGCCUUGUGACACAUCCGACAGCUAUAUAUUCGGAGGUGUAACUGUGGUGACGGGGAUUCUGGGAGUGGUCAUAGGCACAUUAAUUGCUAGGAGACUGAGAGAUAGAGUGGCAAAUGCAGAUCCUCUGAUUUGUGCGGCGGGAAUGCUAUGCUCCGCCCCCUGCUUCUUCCUUGCCAUUGUUCUGGCCUACAAGAGCAUCCCAGCAACUUAUGUAUUCAUUGCUAUUGGAGAGACGCUGCUGUCGCUGAACUGGCCAAUUUUUGCAGACAUCCUUCUGUAUGUUGUCAUACCAACCAGGAGGGCAACCGCAGAAGCUUUGCAAAUUAUGGUCUGCCAUCUCCUUGGUGAUGCAGGAAGUCCUUACUUGCUGGGUGCAAUUUCAGAUGCCUUGAGCAAAUACAACCCUGACACAUAUGCCUGGAGCUUCCGCAGUCUGGAGUACAGCGUUCUGCUGUGUCCCUUUGUGGGGGUCCUGGGGGGCCUGUUUUUCCUCAUGACCGCCCUCUACAUCGAGGAGGACAGGAAGGCCGCGCAGCUGCUGGCCACAGGUAACAAUGGCCCAGCGGCGAACCCCUCCGCUGGAGGAAACGCCAUGACGAGGACCGAACCCCCCGCAACAGGUCCUCUUCCUAGAGGCCCAGCCAAUGACGCACUGUAGAAAAAUGCUGACCGUGUCACUGCCCUUGUAUGUGGCGGGAACUCAGUUGUG